UCAAAUGAUUUGGCUAAAUAUGAUUUAACUAUUUGUAUGCUCCUUAACGCGCAUACAUAUGACGCAUAUUACCAUUUAGAUAUUGGAUAAACAAUACACUGUAAUCUUACAUGUUUACGUUGGCUCUGUGAGAACAUCAACAACAACAACAGCGAGGCACAAUUGUUUGUUGUAGUGCUGAUAAAAUUCAGUAAGCGAGAAGAAUAAAGACGCGUUAGUCACCACGCCUUUUGCGGUCGCGUAAAUAACUAGGGCUCGAGGCUGGCAAUACUCAUAUAAUGCCGAUAUUAUAUAGUGUUAUAGCUCGUGGCACUACGGUGCUGGCAAAGUUCGCCGAAUGUGUAGGAAAUUUUGCAGAAGUAACCGAACAAAUUUUGGGAAGAAUAGGUGUGCAUAAUCAUAAAAUGACCUAUACACACGGCGAUUAUUUGAUACAUUACACUUGCGAAAAUAAGAUAAUUUAUAUGUGCAUAACUGACAAUGAAUUUGAACGCUCUCGCGCUUUUCUUUUCUUGGCGGACAUCAAGCAGAAAUUUAUUCAUACGUAUGGCCUACAGGUUGCCACUGCCAUUGCCUAUGCCAUGAAUACGGAAUUUUCAAAAGUGUUAUCCCAGCAAAUGGUCUACUUUAGUCAAUCGCGAGAAGUCGAUACCAUAUCGCGAGUUCAUGGUCAAAUUGAUGAACUUAAAGAUAUUAUGAUUAAGAAUAUAGAUAGUCUGCGCGAUCGCGGCGAGAAACUGGAGCUGUUGGUUAAUAAAACAGAGAACUUGAGCAAUAACUCAGUUGCAUUCCGCAAGGCUUCACGUAACUUGGCGCGUCAAAUGUUUUGGAAGAAAAUUCGGAUCUAUGUUGUCGUCGGCCUAGUAAUCAUAUUUGUUAUCUAUGUAAUUGUAAGCAUGGCAUGCGGCGGCCUCGCUUGGCAGUCGUGCAUUCAAUAAUAAUUUGCCAAUGCAUAAGGUAGUUGUUGCAGCAAUGUUUAUUAUUAUUACUAUCAUAUACAAAGUUUCGUACUAUCAAUAAUCUCUGUUAUAUGGAAUAAAGAUGUAUGUAUAUAAAGU